GCAGCCCGGGCAGCAAGGACGGCACCCAGGGAGUUGCCCCAUGGACAGGGCCCCACAGAGACACCACCGAGCCUCCCAGGAGCUGCUGGCUGCAAAGAAGACCCACACCUCACAAAUCGAAGUGAUUCCUUGCAAAAUCUGUGGGGACAAGUCAUCUGGGAUCCAUUACGGGGUUAUUACCUGUGAGGGGUGCAAGGGUUUCUUCCGCCGGAGCCAGCACUGCAGCGUGGCCUACGCCUGCACCCGCCAGCAGAACUGCCCCAUCGACCGCACCAGCCGGAACCGAUGCCAGCACUGCCGCCUGCAGAAAUGCCUGGCCCUGGGCAUGUCCCGAGACGCUGUCAAGUUUGGCCGCAUGUCCAAGAAGCAAAGGGACAGCCUCCACGCUGAGGUGCAGAAGCAGCUACAGCAGCAGCAGCAGCAGCAGCAGCGGGAGCAGCGGGAGCUGGUGGCCAGAACCCCUCCUGCGGGGGGCCAGGGGGCAGCCGCCCUCUCCUGCACCCUGGGGCUCCCAGAUGGGCAGCUGCCCCUGGGCUCCUCGCCUGACCUGCCCGAGGCCUCCGCCUGUCCCCCUGGCCUCCUGAGAGCCCCAGGCUCCAGGCCCUCCUACUCCAACAGCUUGGCCAAGGCCGGGCUCAACGGGGCCUCGUACCCCCUCGAAUACAGCCCGGAGCGGGGCAAGGCUGAGGGCAGAGAGAGCUUCUACAGCCCGGGCGGCCAGCUGACCCCGGACAGAUACGGACUUCAUUUGGAGGACCCCAGGCAUCCCGGGCUGGGGGACCCAGGACAAGGCCCGGACAGCUACCGCAGCCCCAGUUUCCGCAGCACCCCCGCGGCACCCUAUGCCUCCCUGACGGAGAUUGAGCACUUGGUGCAGAACGUGUGCAAGUCCUACCGAGAGACGUGUCAGCUGCGGCUGGAGGACCUGCUGCGGCAGCGCCCCAACCUCUUCUCCCGGGAGGAGGUGGCGGGCUACCAGCGGAAGUCCAUGUGGGAGAUGUGGGAACGCUGUGCCCACCGCCUCACCGAGGCCAUUCAGUACGUGGUGGAGUUCGCCAAGAGGCUCUCGGGCUUUAUGGAGCUCUGCCAGAACGACCAGAUUGUGCUCCUCAAAGCAGGAGCCAUGGAAGUGGUGCUGGUGAGGAUGUGCCGGGCCUACAAUGCCAGCAACCACACAGUCUUUUUCGAAGGCAAAUACGGUGGUGUGGAGCUGUUCCGAGCCUUGGGCUGCAGUGAGCUCAUCAGCUCCAUCUUCGACUUCUCCCGCUCCCUGAGUGCCUUGCGCCUUUCCGAGGACGAGAUUGCCCUCUACACAGCCCUGGUCCUCAUCAAUGCCAGCCGGCCAGGGCUCCAAGAGAAAAGGAAAGUGGAACAGCUUCAGUCCAAUCUGGAGCUGGCCUUCCACCAUCAUCUCUGCAAGACGCAUCGCCAAGGCAUCCUGGCAGAGCUGCCACCCAAGGGGAAGCUUCGGAGCCUGUGCAGCCAGCACGUGGAAAAGCUGCAAACCUUCCAGCAUCUGCACCCCAUCGUGGUCCAAGCUGCUUUCCCCCCACUCUACAAGGAACUCUUCAGCACUGACAUCGAGGCCCCCGAGGGGCUGUCCGAGUGACCUGGGGGAAGGACUCCUUUCCAGUCCCUAACCUGCUGGACCGCCCCACCCUCAGCCUUUUCCUUUCCCGUGACCCUGGAGGGUGGCCCUACCUGUUCUUUGGGACCGAGCAAAUGCUGAGACUGGUUUUCUGCCCACAGGCCCUCCUGGCCAGUGGGCCGAGGUCCAGGGGGCGGGGCGGGGGGCGAGAGGAACAAGGUCUCCAGCCUCAGCUUUGCUUGAUCCUCUCUCCCGUGCCCCUCACCCCAGCCUCUGGAGCAGGGGGGGCAGGGACUAUUAGGACCUCUAGGAGGACCAAGGUGUCCUCGGGACAACAGGGGGGAUCCAGCACAGCCUGGACAGAUGGAACUCAGCUCUGGGCUCAGAAGCUAAGAACAGACCGUUGAAAUACCUCAUUGCAUUUUCCCGUGGGCUUCAGCGCAGGGGAAGCCUCACGCUGAGACGGGCGGCUGGAGCCCAGAAGGACCUGUACAGAACUUGAACCGACCUUUAGAGUCUCUGCCUUCCCCCUUCCUCCCAGCUCAGCAAGGAAAUGGUUGGGCACCCUGCCCUUCUCCUGGGGUCUAAGAAAACAAACCUGCAUACCUGGAGGGAGGGGGCUGGGGAUAGUCUUUUAUGGGAUGUGGGUAUAGGCUAGGGUACAAGGAGAGCCAGGAGCAUCACAGACAGAGAGAGGGUUAGAACUCAAACCUCCCUCACGUGCACUUUAAAAAUAGACGUUAGAGGUUAGCACAAAUCUGAUCCGACACACGUCCGCAUACCACACGUCCGAAAACAGGUGAAACACACACACACACACACACACACACACACACUCGGCCCGCAAUUACGCGGCUCUGUAGACACAUUUGAUCUCACACGAUCUCUGUCUUCCGUGAGGUCACCGAGGAGCUUAGUGGCCUCUGGAAGAGCACCCAUCCUGAGGGACCCAGAACAUUCCCAUGGUGCCCCACCCACCAGUCUUAGACCUGGGGCGCUCCAAACCCUAUCCCAGCCCAGCUGUCUCCUAGCACAAGAAAACCCAAGAGAAGCAGAGCUGGCUGGCCACUGGACAGUCCAAAGGCCAAGGACGGCCCCGGGAGGACUGUGUGGGCCCUGCUCUCGUUAGGGAGGAAGGAAGCAGGCACAGUUGCAGUCCGGCCACUCAGCCACUCAGCGAUUGGGAACCACGGACUCCAGCAGGGGGAGGAGGCCCUGUCUCCAGCCCCGGGCUUUAUAAUGAGCUGCCAGCCCUCUGCUGAGGGAUUAACAGCAGAGGGAGGGGGGGGGGUUGCCUGUCA